UCAGUUUCUCCCUUCACACUCCUUCAGUGUAACAGCGAGGAUGCACAUUCAAUCUACUUCAACGCUUCUGUAAAUAAACUGAACAACCGGAACAUAGGCAACAAUGGAAAACAUGUGCACAGUGCAGGUGAAACUGGAGCUGGGCCACAGAGCCCAGUUAAGGAAGAAGGUCACCACCGAUGGCUUCACACAUGACUGGAUGGUGUUUGUCCGAGGUCCAGAGUCAUGUGACAUCCAGCACUUUGUGGAAAGAGUUGUCUUCCGCCUUCACGACAGCUUCCCAAAACCCAAAAGAGUUUGUAAAGAGCCUCCAUAUAAAGUUGAAGAGUCAGGCUAUGCUGGCUUCCUCAUGUCCAUUGAAGUUUACUUCAAAAACAAGGAGGAACCUAAAAAGGUGUGCUUUAAUUAUGACCUUUUUUUGAACCUGGAAGGCAACCCACCUGUCAAUCAUCUGCGGUGCGAGAAGCUCACCUUUAACAACCCCACACACGAGUUUCGACGUAAACUGGUCAAGGCUGGUGGGGUUAUAGUUGUUCCUGAGGGAGCAGAGAUGAUGCCAAAGCCCAGUCCAGAUUAUCCAAUGCUGCCAACUAUUCCACUCUCUGCCUUCUCCGACCCCAAGAAGAUCAAGUCCUCCCAUGCUGUAAAGGAAGCUAGUAAAGAUGGAGGAAGUGGGAGCAGCAAAGGGCUCAAAGCCCAUAAGGCAACCAAAGAGCACCGAGAGCGUACAAGGAAGGACUCAGAGAGCAAAGCCACAUCCAGAGAGAGCGACCGUGAGGGCAGCAAGUCAAACCGAGACCAAUUAUCAUCCUCCUAUUCAAAGAAAGCCCUAGAGGGCAAAGGAAAAGACGAGGGGAAAACUGUGCCCAAAGCAGCCUUUAAAGAGCCUAAACUUACAGUCAGAGAGUCCAAGAUGGAUGGGAUGUCUCCAAAAGGUGGAGGUGCAGUAACAGGUGGAGGGGGUCAGCUGGACACUCGAACCCCAAGCAAGCGGCCCAUGUCCGCCACUGAGUCUCCGAGGCUUAGCACCAAAAAACAGAAGAGGGUGGGCUCAGAGGGCAUGAAGGGGCCAGUCAGUGGGGUUUACAGCAGCAACUCCCCCCGUAUCACCUCAACAACACCCUCCAGUUACCCAGAGAAGAAAACACCCAAAGAUAAAGGCCACUUGUCCAAGAUGAAACCGGAGGCACUAGAAGUGAAAAGGCAGCCAGACUCUAAUGGGUCCAACUCUGAGGAUGAAGCCUCUUCAAAAUCUGAGCAAUCGGCUCCUUCCAGUCCAUCUAGUUCCAGCUCCAGUUCCAGCUCUGACUCUGACUUUGAGCCCUCCCAAAAGCAAGGCCAAGGGACACUCCGUACUAUGGUAGAGGAUAUGCACUCUGAAGGAUCUGAUGAUGACAGCAGCUCAGAGGUUGAGACGCCCAUGAAGGCAACUCCACCCAACCAGGACUCUCGUUUAAGCAUGUACAGUGAGAGUGAUGGGAAUGAGGAGUCCCGUCCUCCCAGCCAGGAAGCCCCAUCACCUCCACCCAAACUCAGCUCAGCAAACCUCAAGAUGUUAGGAAAAAAGAGUCCAGACUCUUGCAUCCGUGAGAAAAUGCUCAAGAGGGGAUACGACAAGGUAGGAAGGGCAUAUACAGAGGAGCUUGUUGACCUUCACCGCAGGCUGAUGGCUCUAAGAGAGAGGAAUAUUUUACAGCAGAUUGUAAACCUCAUAGAAAAGACUGGCCAUUUUAAUAUCACCAAUACAACCUUUGACUUUGACCUGUUCUCCUUGGAUGAGUCUACUGUACGUAAACUCCAGAGCUACCUGGAAGCCACGUCUACAUGAAACAAGGAAGAUCCUCUUCCAUGAUUUUCAUCAGUGAGAAAAAGGCCUCCAGACUUACUGAGGGCAGAGGGAAAGGUAUUGAAACCAACAUGUAAAUGCACAGGAAACAAAACAAACAAAUAAAAAAACGUUAUUCCGUAAUGAAAAUAAGCGAACACAAGGACAAAAGGGCAUAAAGGGGCGGUAUUCAGGGUUUAUCGAAUAAAAAACAGCACUGCUUAUUGCACUAAACUUAAAGAAACAAACUGUUGGCACAAUACUGUCCAAAAUGGACAAGAUCUCGCCAUAUGCACCAUGGAUGGAAUACCUUAUUACAAGCAGGUACAUUUCAAGACUGGUUUUGCACCAAAGCUAUAACACUGAUGGGAUGGAUCCCUUGCUCGUGCCUGGAAGGGCCUUUUUAUGUAAGGGCAACGACUGAAAGACUGUGUCUCCUCUCUACCCUGUUACUCCUCUGCUCCAUGUACUGUAUGUAAACCUGAUUGCAAUGUGUGGUGGUGUGCAAAAAGCCUAGCUAGAUCAAAAGUUAUCAGCAUACUGUUUGUUUCUGCAUAGCCUUGUAGCCCCAUUUCCUGGAAAAGUACAUACUCUCAAGCUUUGGUGAUUGAUGCUCCCACAGAUCAGCUAAUGGGGAAAAAACGAUCUGCCUUUGUAGUGCCUUUUUAAAAUAUCAUGUGAAUUAUAAUUUUUAGUGAGUCACUCAUUUGCCUUGGGAUGACCAAGAAUUAUCUGUUGACAUGGAAAUGCCUGAAAUUGACAUUCAAAGCCCUUUUCAACACCUGUCCGAGAGAACACAUUACGAGAGAUCAGUUUUGCUUGUAUGAUCUUAGAAAGGUCUUAUGCAUUGUCAUUUGUUUCUUGAUGGUUAGCAAAAUCAAGUCAAUUUGUUAAGCAUUUAAAGGUUCUUGUUGUAGUUUAUUUAAGUAACUGUGCACUUUUUCUGGUCACUUCAGUGCUUUGUAAUUAUCUGAUAACUAUAUUUAUGAUUUUUGUUUUUUUUUUCUUCUUUUUUUUUUUUAUACAUAAUAUUGACUUGCAAAAAUGUACAGAUUUUUGUCAAUGUUUUUACAUGAAUCUAUUGAUGACAUAUUGAUGAUCCAGUCACUUGAGAGAAUAUGCACAUAGAAUGAAGGGGGAAGUUUUUGUCUGCAUUCCAGUGGUGCAAUUGGAAAAAACAUAUUUUCUGUCAACCUGAAGUAUUACAAGUGAAAUGUAUUUGUGUCAGAUACAUAUUGUCUGAUAGCAUUGCUUUUUAAAAAGCAUAAAUGCUUGACAUGUUAUUCUUUAUUGUCAAUUGCCAGUUACCCUUUUUGAUUCUAAAUAAUGUAUGGUUAUAAAGUAAACAAUGUUUUCAGUGAAACAUUUGUGUCAGGUGUAAGAUACAUCAUGAGUAAAUUGCAAUGAAAAGGAUUUGUGUGCCAUAAACCCAAAUUAAUAAUCACUCACUUUAAAAAGCAGACAUUUAUGAGCAUAUAACACUUAGCAUGCCAGUGAGCAGUAGGAUACAAUCAAGCCUCUAAUGCUCACUGCUAUGAGAAGGUAUAACAGAUAACCCUGAAGGUUUCAGAAACAUACAAUUAUUUAUUUUUGUUUUAUCAGCUGUUCUUCUUAUUAUUGCAAGUGCUGAAGAUACAUUAUAAACUCAUGCAACGUGAAGCUCUUGAAAUUCAAACUUAAGUCUCUUUGCUGUCCUUGCCUCUACUAUUAGAAGUAGUCAAGUAGCAUAUCAAUAUCGAGUGUUAAA